AUGAACGGUUCCUAUGACUUCAUAGUUGUUGGUGCGGGUGCUUCAGGCUGUGUCCUGGCUUCGAGAAUAGCAAACACUUCAUUACGGCCAUCAGUCCUACUGCUCGAAGCUGGGGGGUCGAACGACAACGUAGCUCAUCUUUCAGCCGCCCAAAGAUUUGAGGUUGCCUUCAGCGAAAACUCCCCACUGAACUGGAAUUACAAAACAGCAGAACAACAUCAACUAGCGGGACAAAGAAUCGAUUACUCGAGAGGCAGAGGCCUGGGUGGUAGCACGGCAAUCAACUUUUGCGGCUGGGUUGUAGGGCCACGCGACGACUGGGACGAGUGGGCGAAUCAAGUCGGAAAUCAGAGCUUUAGUUGGAAGAACGCCAAAAGAUGCUUGGAAAGAAUAGAAAACUUGGAUGCCAAUAUCCCAGAUCCAGCGCUGAAAGAAUAUGUAUAUGCGGAUGUAAGAGAUCAUAGCACUUCCGGCUUAGUCAACCUUUCAUAUGGCGAUGCAUGGUUGCCAGAUAUAGAGGACAUAUUUGUCGCAGCAAAGGAAUCGGGCCUCCGAAUGAACCAAGAUGUAAACUCAGGGGACCCUAUUGGCUUCGGCAUGGGAAGCGUUUGUAUCCACGAGGGAACCAGGAUAACAUCAGCAAGUGCAUAUCUUGCCUCCAGCCCGCUAAAUCUCACAACUCUGCCAAACAGUGCCGUCGCACGUGUGAAUUUCGAGGGGAAAAGGGCUAUCGGCGUCGAAACAAUGGACGGCAGACAAUACCGAGCCGUGAAAGAGGUGAUCCUAUCAGGCGGUGCACUCAACACUCCUCAAAUACUCAUGCUAUCUGGCGUUGGGCCAAGCAAGCAGCUCUCCAAGCAUAACAUUCCUGUGGUGCACGAUUUGCCACAAGUAGGACAGAAUCUGCAGGACCACUGCUUCUCUUCUGUCGGGAUCGUGAUGGAGAAAAAGGGACCGACCCUUGAAGGGCAACCGUUAUCACAAAGCCCGACGCCGAUGGGUUGGCUCAAACUGCAAUCCGUGACAGGGUCGAAGGAGUACGAGGCUCUCCCGGAUGAGAAGAAGAGGUUUCUGCAGUCUUCGACGGUUCCCUCAUUUGAACUCGCGACGGUUGGCUUCCCUUUAAUCUACCCAUUUGAUGAUCUGCAACUAACACUUCAGAAGCAUACGCCUGCAGCAUUUCUGUCAUACGAAGAGGCUCCGGAAGAGCGAUUUCUCGGUAGCAUGUGCCUAAUCAUGAACCCACAGAGCCGCGGAACCGUCACGCUGGAAUCAGCAGAUCCGCUGGCAGCUCCUCUGAUUGAUCCUAAGUUCUUAACACAUCCUUAUGACCAACGUGUGAUGAUAGAAGGUAUACGUGAGGUGAUGCGUAUAUUGUCCGCUCCAGUGUAUGCAAGUCGAACUAUUGAGAAAGUAGGACCAAGAGACGAGUCGGACGAGGCGAUAUUGGACCAUAUACGGAAGCACAUGGGAAGUUCCUGGCACAUGUCAUGUACAGCUCGCAUGGGAUUGAACCCCGAAACCGCCUGUGUAGACUCCAAUUUUCGGGUUUUUGGCCUCGAAUCGCUGCGGAUUGUUGACUUGAGUCAAUCAUACCCAAUCCACGGCAUAUAUUGUUGGAGAGAUGGCAGCAGAGAAAUUGGUGACAGAAUACGACCUGGAUUCGCAGAAGAGGAUGCCUGCGAAGUUAUGAUUAGCGACGAUCCAUAG